UCCUAUACAUAUUCCUGUAAGAUUUUGGCUAAACUAGAUGCUUUCAUACCAAAUCACUCACAAGUUACCAAGAACCAGUAGCAGUGUUCCUGUAAUUCAGCUGGUAGAGCAUGACCCGAACAACACCAAGGUCGCAGGUUUGGUUCUCAGGGAACGCACACACUGAUUAAAAAAACGAAACAAAAACAAAACGUAAAGCUUGACCGCACUGUAAGCCCUUUUGAAUGAAAGCAUAUCAGCCAGGUGCAUAAAUGUAAAUAAGAACUAAAACACAGCCAAGUAAGAAUGUCACAACACAGAGAAAGAACAUUUCUCUUAUUCAACCUGUGAGUUAUUAACCUGUUUAGGGCAUGCAAUAUUUCAAGGUUCAUGUCCUCUCUCUCCUUCUAACUGUGCCUUUCUUUGACUAUACCUGAGGAGACUGUGGCCCCUCCCACAUAUCCAGUUCUCUGGCCCCUUUCAAGGCACACACACAGGCAGUUCAAUAAUGAGCUCUUUGUGGGGGGUUGAGGUAUGCAGUGAAAGUGUUUGCUUGUGUGUGUAUGUGAGAGAGAGAAAGAGAGUUAACCUUUACUUGAAGGUGUGUGUGAACAGAAUUACAACAGAGAAAGCAGGAAAACAGGAGGAGAGAAAAGAGUGUGUACAAACAAGAAAAGGACAAAUCUGGGCGAUGCUUAGUGAGUGGUUUUGGUGGGAUCGGCUGUGGUUGCCAAGGCCGGUGACAUGGGCGGACCUACAGGACAGUGAGGGGCGUGUCUAUGCCUGUGUGUCCCAUUUGUACAUCAUUCUACCUGUAGCAGUCCUGCUGUUAGGCUUAAGAACUUUCUAUGAAAGGUUGAUCGCGGUGCCACUCGCUGAGGCUCUUGGGGUUAAAGACAAAAUUCGCAAGAGAGCGUCACACAACCCCAUACUGGAAAUAUACUACAAUACACACUCUAAACAUCCAACACAGGCAGAUAUAAAAGGUGUGUGUAAAAGGUUGGGCUGGUCAGAAAGGCAGGUGGAGCGCUGGUUCCGCAGACGGAGGAACCAAGACAGACCCGGACUACUGAAGAAAUUCAAAGAAGCCAGCUGGCGGUUUGCCUUUUAUCUGUGUUCGUCUUUCGGAGGAGUGCUGGCUUUACACGAUAAACCAUGGUUUUAUGAUCUUAGGGAAGUGUGGGCAGGAUUUCCCAAACAAUCACUGCUGGACUCUCAGUACUGGUAUUACAUCAUUGAGAUGAGUUUUUAUGGUUCUUUACUGUUCAGUGUGGCUGCAGAUGUAAAACGUAAGGACUUUAAAGAGCAGUUGGUCCAUCACUGGGCCACACUAACACUGCUGUCCUUCUCCUGGUGUGCCAACUACAUCCGCAUUGGUACACUGGUUAUGCUGGUGCACGACACAUCCGAUGUCCUACUCGAGUCUGCUAAGAUGUUUAACUAUGCUGGAUGGGAGACGACCUGCAACAGUAUCUUUGUGGUGUUCGCUCUGGUCUUCAUGGUAACCAGACUCAUCAUUUUUCCUUUCUGGCUGAUCCACUGUACGUGGGUGUAUCCUCUGGACCAGUUCGAACCCUUUUUCGGCUAUUAUUUCUUUAACGUCAUGCUCGUGGUGCUGCUGUUAUUGCACGUGUUCUGGGCUUCUUUGAUUCUCCGCAUGGUCAAAAAGUUUAUUUUCGGCAAACUGAAGUGCGAUGAGCGCAGCGAUGAAGAGGAGGAUGAGGAGGGUUCUGAGGAAGACUACACACACACCUACUCUAAUGGAUCUGGGAACGGACUGUCUAAUGGCCAUUGACACAGAGGGAGCCCUUCCACAAAUAGCCUUUUGAUGCCAUGCAUGCAUAUAUGUCCAUAUUGGACACAUGAUUCAUCUGUGAAUUUUCUUUUUUACAUAGUCUUUCAUAUUAAGG